UCGGCAUGCACAGGGCCGGGACAGCUACCAAGGAGCUAGCGAGCCAAGCAGCGAGAAUAAGAGCUUCCUCCUGCGUGGUCGGCCAUGAGGUGCCAAAACACACGAUCAGCAUGUGAGCCUUGUGUGGUGAUGGGAUGACGUGCAUGGUGGUCUGAAGUCUUGGCAUCGUGGUGGCCCAGAUUACCAGACUGCUAGGCCACGGUGUGUGUUGGUGUGUUGACGGUGUGUUGACGGUGUGUUCGCAGUGUGUUGAGACAGGGCCACUUUACACAACAAGGCUUAUUAUAUUAAGCCAUCGUCCUCAGUACUGCACACUACUACUACAAAUACCUCGUCACGAGGAUAGGCCGAGAUUUGUCCCGUUGGACCGCCUGUGAGGUGGAAAUCGGCCAUGCCAAGCAGCGAGUUGGGGCGGCCCUGUCGAUCAGCACCUGUCUUUGUUCCCUCGGUGCGGAGAAGGCCAACCUAAUCACUGCUAGACACUGACCAUGGCAGCAUGGGACCCGCAGCGCCAGCCUCCACACCUGUUCGUCCCUUCCCCAGCUUGCCAGCGUACCUUUCCACGCUUCCCCAUACUACCCCUCCUCUGGGGAACCCCUGGCUGCGGAGAUGAGAGUGCCCUCACUGCCCUGGGCACCGACAGGGCCUGCUGGACGCGGUCAUGUACACAAAUAUAUAAGAGGGCCCUGGCAUCGUCGCCCUCGCCGCCGCCUGGCCUGGGGGAUGCCCGCCCCCCUCCCAAGCACGAGGCUGCCCUAGACUUGUUCCUACCGACCGGCAAGAUGCUCAGCAUUCCAGCUCUGGGGCGCUAUGCCACCGCCCUGGGCCUUGGCUCCGUGCUCCUCGCAGACCGGGCUCAUGCCCAGUCGCCCUCAGGCACAGGCACAGGCGUCACCGUCGACGGCACAGACUUCGCCCUCAAUGGCGAGCAUGUCUCGUACCGCUUCCAUGUUGACAAUGCCACCGGUGACCUGAUCGGAGACCACUUUGGCGGCUCUGCCUACGAGACCGUCCCCCUGCCAGUGCCAGAGACCAAUGGCUGGGUCGGCAUGCCCGGCAGGGUGAGGCGCGAGUUCCCAGACCUGGGCCGUGGUGACUUUAGGAUCCCCGCCGUCCGCGUCCGCCAGACCGCAGGUUACACCGUCAGCGACCUGCAGUACCAGUCCCACACCGUCCUCCAGGGCAAGCCCGAGCUCCCGGGCCUGCCCUCCACCUUUGGCGACGACGGCGACGUCUCCACCGUCAUCGUCCACCUCUACGACAACUACUCCUCCAUCGCCGCCAACCUCAGCUACUCCAUCUUCCCAAAGUACGAUGCUGUGGUCAGGAGCGUCAACCUCGCCAACCUGGGCGACGGCAACAUCACCGUCGAGAGGCUUGCCAGCUUCAGCGUCGAUCUGCCCUACACCGACCUCGACAUGAUCGAGCUCCGUGGCGACUGGGCGAGGGAGGCCAUGAGGCUCAGGAGAUCGGUCGAGUACGGCGUGCAAGGAUUCGGCAGCACCACUGGAUACUCAUCUCACCUGCACAACCCCUUCCUCGCCUUGGCCACCCCGAGCACCACCGAGUCCCAGGGCGAGGCAUGGGGCUUCUCUUUUGUCUACACCGGCUCCUUCCAGGUCGACGUCGAGAAGGGCUCGCAGGGUUUCACCCGCGCCCAGCUCGGCUUCAACCCCUACCACCUCUCCUGGAACCUGGGGCCCGGCGAGAGCCUCCAGUCGCCCGAGACCGUCGCUGUCUACUCCAAUACCGGCGUUGGCGGCCUCUCCCGCGCCUACCAUCGUCUGUACCGCAACCAUCUCAUCAAGAGUGACUUCAAGGCCGAGACUCGCCCGGUCCUGUUGAACUCUUGGGAGGGCCUCUACUUCGACUACAACCAGAGCACCGUCUAUACGCUUGCCCAGGAGGCUGCCGACCUCGGCGUCAAGCUGUUCGUGCUCGACGACGGCUGGUUCGGGGAGGAGUACCCUCGUGUCAAGGACAACGCUGGUCUUGGUGACUGGGAGGUCAACACGGAACGCUUCCCGAGCGGCUCACUCGCACCCCUGGUCGACCAGGUCAGGCAGCUCCAGGCGGCCAACUCGACCACCAACCUGCAGUUCGGCCUCUGGUUCGAGCCCGAGAUGGUCAACCCCAACUCGACGCUGUACCACCAACACCCAGACUGGGUCCUGAGCGCCGGCCCUUACCCACGCACCCUGCGCCGUGACCAGCUGGUUCUGAACCUCGCCCUCCCCGAGGUCCAGGACUUCGUUAUCGAAUCCGUGGCCGGCAUUCUCAGCAAUGCCUCCAUCACCUACGUCAAGUGGGACAACAACCGCGGCUUCCACGAGACCCCCUACGACGGCGUUGACCACGCCUACAUGCUCGGCCUGUACCGCGUCUUCAACACCCUGACCAGCCGCUUCCCCCAGGUCCUUUGGGAGGGUUGCGCCAGCGGCGGCGGCCGCUUCGACCCGGGUGUGCUGCAGUACUUCCCGCAGAUCUGGACCAGCGACAACACCGACGCUCUGGAGAGGAUCUUCAUCCAGUUCGGCACCAGUCUUGUGUACCCGCCGUCCGCCAUGGGCGCCCACGUGAGCGCCGUGCCCAACCACCAGACCCAGCGCACCACCCCGAUCGCCUUUCGCGCCCACGUCGCCAUGAUGGGCGGCAGCUUCGGGCUCGAGCUCAACCCGCCCAAGAUCCCGGAUGAGGACCGCGAGCAGCUGCCCGGCCUCAUCGCCCUCGCCGAGCGCGUCAACCCCCUCGUCAUCAACGGUGAUAUGUGGCGUCUUGCCCUGCCCGAGGACUCCAACUGGCCUGCUGCCAUGUUCGUCUCGGAGGACGGUGCAGAGGCAGUGCUCUUCUACUUUCAGAUCCGAUCCGUCUGGAAUCAGGCACUGCCCUUCAUUCGCCUCCAGGGCCUCGACCCGGCCGCUAACUACGAGGUCGAGGGCGCGGGCACAUUCUCUGGUGCCACACUCCAGAACGUCGGACUGCAGUACUCGCUGCAGGGUGACUACGAUAGCACCGUGGUUUUCAUUAACCGCGUCUAAGCAAUAUCAGCACCAGCGGCGGUAAUCUACAUGCUCAUAAUUAGUAUAUAAUGAUUAUUACCAUCCUCUCAA